AAGACUAGACUCUGAAUGAAAACAAUCAGACAUGUCAUACAGGAUGCUGUGAUUGUAAAGUUGUCCUAAAGUGAUAUUGCUGUAGUUAGAGACGUCACUAUUAAUAACCAGGCUUUUAUUGGUAAUGGUCGUUAUUAUGAUCAUAAUUAUUUUGAGUGUAUUAUGGAGGCAGCAGACUGUCCCUGUGCUGGUAAACAGCCUCUGCCCCUGGCUCCCUCCCACUUGUGCUCAGAUGGACAGACCGGGACAUACCGGGACAGACAACAGCUGGUUUCCGUCCGGACCGGCUCCCGACGCUGCAGCCUGACCACAGAGACACACGGCCCGGGGUGACACCGCGGUCCAUCACGUCAGAGGGACACAUCGGGCGGAUGAUUGGAGUGAGGAGCAAAGUGCACACAGGAAGUCGCUCCUGCACACAACUUUGUCUCUCCAUGAUCUCCAGCGCGCGCCAUCAUGCAGCGCUGUUAUGGCACAGUCCCGGCCCGGCUCGGCCUCUCACCGGUUGGCAUUUUGUAUUUUUUGGCGUUCUGUGUGCCACCUGUGAUGUUACACCCGCAGUGUUUGGACUUUAAGCCGCCCUUCCGACCGCUCCGGGAGCUGGAGUUCUGCGUCAUGUACAAGGAGUUUGGCUGCUGUGAUUAUCAGAAGGACCAGGAGAUCAUGACAAAGUAUUACAGAAUUAUGGAUAACUUUGAUUAUUAUGGAUAUGCCAACUGCGCGGGGUUCGUCCUGGAGCUGCUCUGCCAGGAAUGCUCUCCAUAUGCAGCUCAUCUCUUUGAUGCUGAGGUCCCAACCACCCCACUCAGGACCAUCCCUGGCCUCUGUCCUGACUACUGCGCCCAGUUUUGGAAGAAGUGCAGCUCCACCAUUCCUUUCCUGUCUGAUGACCCACACAUAGCCAAAGUCAAACAAAACCAGGCACUUCUUUGCCAGUAUCUGGAACUAGAAGAUGUGGACUACUGCUACCCACACCUCCUCAGCAACCAACAGCUCACCAAGAAUCUGGGCCGGGUUCAGUCAGACUUGGAUGGCUGUCUGCAGCUGUGCCUGAAAGAAGUUGCAAACGGGCUGCGGAACCCACUAGCUAUGGUGCAUGCUAACGAUGGCACAUAUAGGUUCUUUGUGGCAGAACAGGUAGGCUUGGUGUGGACGUACCUACCUGAUGGGUCCAAACUAGAGAAACCAUUUUUGAAUAUUUCCAAGGCGGUGUUAACGUCAUCAUGGGAAGGUGACGAGAGAGGCUUUCUGGGACUCACCUUUCACCCCAAGUACAAGUUCAAUGGGAAGCUGUAUGUAUAUUACUCAGUGGAGGUGGGUUUUGAUGAGAGGAUCAGGAUCAGUGAGUUCCACGUGUCAGCCAGUGACAUGAAUGUGGUGGAUCAUGCCUCUGAGCGGGUUAUUCUGGAGAUAGAUGAACCAGCAUCCAACCACAAUGGAGGGCAACUUCUGUUUGCAGAUGAUGGUUACUUGUACAUUUUCACAGGAGAUGGUGGAAUGGCAGGAGAUCCAUUUGGGAAAUAUGGGAAUGCCCAAAACAAGUCAGCUCUAUUGGGUAAAGUUCUCCGCAUCGAUGUGGAUGACAAUGAGAGAGGGCCAUUGUACAGAAUUCCUCCAGAUAACCCCUUCAUACAAGAGCGAGGGGCACGACCUGAGAUUUAUGCUUACGGUGUCCGCAAUAUGUGGAGGUGCUCUGUGGACCGGGGCGACCCUCGCAACAAAGAGGGCAAAGGGCGUAUCUUCUGUGGGGAUGUGGGCCAGAACAAGUUCGAAGAGAUCGACAUCAUCGAGAAAGGGCGAAACUACGGCUGGAGAGCCAAAGAGGGUUUCUCCUGCUACGACAAGAAGCUGUGUGCCAACAGCUCACUAGAUGAUGUCCUCCCUAUUUAUGCAUACCCUCACAAGAUGGGGAAGUCAGUGACUGGUGGCUAUGUGUACCGCGGCUGUGAAUACCCCAAUCUGAAUGGCAUGUACAUAUUUGGAGACUUUAUGAGUGGGCGUUUGAUGAGUCUCCAGGAGGACAGAAACACAAGGCAAUGGAAAUACAAUGAGAUCUGUAUGGGGAUGGGCCUGACCUGUGCCUUCCCUGGGCUCAUCAACAACUACCACCAGUACAUCAUCUCCUUUGCAGAGGAUGAAGCUGGCGAGCUGUACUUCAUGUCAACUGGAAUACCGAGCGCUACGUCACCUUCAGGAGUCAUUUAUAAAAUAGUGGACCCUUCAAGGCGUGCUCCACCAAGACAAUGCCACUAUGACCCUCUUCCUGUCAGAGUGAAAAGUAACCUCAUCAAGUUUGUUCCCCAAGAAACAUUAAUCGGCCUUGACCCACCAAACAAAAUUGAGCCUGACCCACAACCUACAGAGUCCUACGACUGGCUCCAAGAGCUUAUUGAUCUUCUAGGACAAGACCUGACCACCGCUUCGCCAACCACAACUACUACCAAAUCACCCAGAAAUUCAAGGCGGAAAAACAGACGAAGAAAGGGCAAAUCCAGAGCAGAGAGUACGCCUGAGCUCCAGAACGGAAUGGUGAGGCUGGUUGGGGAUGACCAAGGCCGCAGUGACCGUGGACGGGUGGAGAUCUACGUUAACGGGGCAUGGGGCACUGUGUGCGAUGACCUAUGGACCACCAAGAACGCUGCAGUGGUUUGCCGACAGCUGGGUUUCAGGCAUGCUCUGAAGGCAGCCAAGAACUCAGAGUUUGGGGAGGGAAGGGAUCUGCCCAUUCUUUUGGAUGAUGUUCAGUGUGAAGGUACAGAGUCCAGCCUGCUGGACUGCAAACAUGCUGGUGUGGGGAUAAAUAACUGUGCCCAUUAUGAAGACGCCGGGGUGAUCUGUGGUAACUCAGACUACGUUGUAGAAGUCUAAAUGUUUGACUACUAUGAAAUCAGAGCUAAUGAUCACCAACUAAACCUGUUGUCGUAAAAAUGCACCCUGAAUUUAACAGCUGGUAUUUUUAUUUUACUCUUGAUGGAUAACUUUCUAAUUCCCAUGAAUGAGCGCACCAAACAGACCACAUAACUUUGUGCCAUCAUAUUUCCAGCAGUGGCAGUGGAGUUAAAUAGCAUAAAUAUGGUCUAAAAUUGCUGUUCUUUGUUGUUAGUCCAUCACAAUAUAAAAGGAAAAGGGGAAAUCUUGUAUAAACCACAAUACAAUGUGCUUUGAACAAGGGACUAAUUGUUCUCAUAGAACACACAGGUGAAUGCAAAAAAAAAAAAAAAAAAAAAAGGAAAUUGCAAUCUAAAGCAGGAAAUGAUGCAGAUUUUAUGGAAACUUGGAGUACCAACAAGGACAAUCCUUUUAAUUAAAGCAUUCCAGAGGUUAUUUAUGAGAUAAGCUAACAGCUGGAAUGCAUUGAUGAUAUCUAACACUGUAACCAUAUCUAAAGGUGGGGUUUUCCUUCAGUAAUGUUUUACUUGGCCAUUAGUGGCACAUAGCCUUUUCUCAAAGCUGAAUGAUAAUGUUUAUUGUUAAUUUUCCAUCUCCGACUUGAUUGUUUAAUUUGAAUGUAUGUUUGGCACUAUUGCAUUAAGUCUUUGCCCUCUGAGUAAUUUGUUGUGGUAACAAAUUUGACAAUUAGUGUCUGAAUGUCAUAGUUCCUGGUGAAUGCUCACUGCCCACUGAAUGAAUGUAUGUUUGUAUCAUGAUGUUAUUGUUUUAGUAAAUGGUUUUAAUAAAAGAUUACUAGUCGUAA